AACAUGCCUGCAGACUACAACGGACGCUGGGAGAUGGUGAGCAAUGACAACUUUGAAGAGGUCAUGAAAGCUCUCGACAUCGACUUUGCCACCAGAAAAAUCGCCUCCCAUCUGCACCAGACAAAGGUCUUGGUCCAAAAUGGUGACAAGUUUGAAACAAAGACCCUGAGCACCUUCAGAAACUAUGAGGUCAACUUCACUGUGGGGGUGGAGUUCGAGGAGCAGACAAAGGGCCUUGACAACCGAAAAGUCAUGACACUGGUCACCUGGGACGGGGACAAACUGGUGUGUGUUCAGAAAGGGGAAAAGGAAAACCGUGGGUGGAAACAUUGGAUUGAGGGAGAUCUGCUACAUCUGGAACUCCACGUGCUGGACAAAGUCUGCCACCAAGUAUUUAAGAAGGCUCAGUAG